GGCGCACAAUUAUUUAUUGGCGGUGAUAAAAAUUUAUAGUAACUAGUUAGUUGUCUUAAGCACACUGUACAAACGUACAAUUAUUUAUUGGUGGUGAUAGAUUUAUACUUAUUAGUUAGCUGUCUUAUGCACAUUGUACAUGCGCACAAUUAUUUGUUGGUGGUGAUAAAUUUAUAGUUAUUAGUUAGUUGUCUUAUGCACAAUACACAGGCGCACAAUUAUAUUAUAUUAGCUAUAGAAUUUGAUUUUUUUUUUUUUUGCGCGUGUGAAACUUAAGGGCCUCACAUUUGAAAGUUCGCCUAGGGCCUCUCAAAAUAUUUGGAAUCUCAGGGCCUAUAACUUAAAUAAGGGAACUAUAAUAUUGCCUAAGGCUCGAGCAACCCUAAUUCUAAUUUGGAGUUUGUCAAACUGAAUGAGUUGUUCGUUUGAAAACUGAACUUCUUCGCCAAUGAUAUCACUAAGUUUAAUUGAGGUGUCUUCUUCUGGUUUAGAAGGAGUGAAGUUGAUCAAACAGAUAGUGUCGAUAUCACUACCGGUAUCACUAUCGGUGUCACUGUUUGUAGAACUCGAGGUUUGACUGGAGAUCUCGUAUAGAAUAUCUUCGGAGUCAAAAAGCUCGUGACCAUAGACAACAUAGAGAUUAUCUGUUUGUAAAUGCUUGAUCAUUUUAGAGGCACUCUUUCCUUUUUUAGGACAGUUUGUUGCAAAGUGACCGGAUUCGUUGCAAAUAUUGUUCAAGCCUUGACGUGAACAAAAUAUAUACGUCCUGUUUGAAAAUAGUUUUUACUUCGUGUUUUCUGGAAAUUCAGCAGGGUAAUAACACCACCUUAGCAAAAACAAUAUAAAAUAAUAAUAGUAAUAAUAAUAAAUGGUUUUUUUUAUAUUAUUAUUAUUUUUAUUACCUUCUUGGUAAUUCCAUUUCAUGUUUUUGUUAUGUUCGGGGAAUAAAAAUAUAACAAAUUUUGAUUUUUUAAGCAUUGGGGAUCCAUUUCAUGUAUGUUGAUGGAAUCAGCUGUAAAGGCAGUUGGGUAAAGGUGGUUGGGCAAACAAGUAGAGGCGGCCUGCGAUCAAAGGAGGAUAAAGGGAAUGACCUAAACCAUGUUAGGGUUUUUUUUAUAAAAAAAAAUUGGCCGAACAUCCAAAUGGAGGCAGGGUUUUCUUUUUCUGUUUUGCAAUGUAACCUGUCAAUAUGGCUUCGGACGGUGCUGAUGAUGCCUUUUCUGCAAAAAAGAAACAGAAACUUGGUGAUGAUGAGAAGAAGCAGGAAUUGGAUGAAACUGAUGAUGGCGAGAAGAAGCAGGAGUUGGAUGAAGUCGUUAACGAUGAUUUUGAUUACGAUGAAUUGCAAAAAAGGUUUUUCGGGGAGCCAGAUUUAAGUUGGAUGAACAAUAGGCAGAUAUCUACACAUCCCCAGAAAGUGGAAUAUAAGGAAUAUGAGGAAGAGGAAUAUGUAAAUUCCGAUGAUGAUGAGCAGAUCCAAAAAUUGUUGUUUGAACACUCAAAACAGGUUAAGGAAAGCAGGGGCUUUGAUGUUGAUGAAUUUCCUGAUAUAAGAUCUGCAAAUAUAGUUGGUAUAAUUUUGCCACUUCUCGAACUCUCCACAUACCCCAAGACACUUGAACUUCUCAACACUCUCUCAGAUUUAGCAAUUACAAGCUACAAUCAGGAAAAUGAUACAAAUUACAAGUUUUUGAACGUUCAGAAGGCAAAUUCACAGGUUGCUGUUGGUGUCAUUUGUUAUAUUACUUUUGAGGCCAAGAAUGAUGAUGAUGACCAGCCUAAAAUCUUUCAAGCUAAGGUUUUGGCGGGAAUUAACAACGAGCACCGAGUUUAUUCAUGUUGGCCUAAAUCUACUCCUUGAUCAAGGUUUUCAUCUGUGAGAUUAUCAUCCGAAAAGCAAUAAUUAUUCCAGCCUUAAAAUUGACAUAUGAAGGAUGUUUGGCGGUGUUGACAGGAGCAACAGUAAUGGUGCUUGUGCAAAAAAUGGUAUCUCCAGUUAAACUAAUUGUUGAAUGAAGUGCGACUAAUUCCACUUCUAUAAAAUUUCAUUGACAACCUUAUUAUUAGUUUUUUUGUUGAAAUCUAAAUAGUAGUGUAUCUUAUCCAAGAAAUGUGGGAACGUCUUUUUUCUC